UUCUUACACUGAGUUAGACUCCAAACUUUAAACUUUUAGCGUUGGUUGGAAUGGAGGUAUUAAAAAAGUUAUUUUCGCAUAUCAUUAGGCCUACAUUUUCAGUCAAUCAACUCAAUCUGUUAAUAUUAAUUUGGAAUUUCGUUUAAUAAUAUUAUUACAAUUGUUGGUAACUUAUUUAACCAGCUCUCAUUAAAUUUCAUUUUUAUUUCACCACCUACCAGCUCUCUUGCGUUUAAAGAGGUUAUACAUCAGUUUGAAAAUGAAACCAAGGAAAAUACUUUGCGUCGGACUUGUUUGCGUGGACAUUGUUCAGGUGUGUGAAUGUUUUCCGGAUGAAGAUUCUGACAGAAGAUCUGUAGAGCAUUGCAUGCAAAGAGGAGGAAAUGCAUCAAAUAUGUGUACAGUAUUAUCACAGUUGGGAGCUGACUGUGAAUUCCUUGGGAGUAUGAGUAACGAUCUAUUCAGUGAAUUUGCAAUGAAGGAUUUCAGUGAGAAUAAUAUCAGCACUGAGAAUUGUAUCUGCCAUAUUGGCCAAGAUUUGCCUCUCUCUACAGUAAUAAUCAAUAAACAGAAUGGGUCCAGAACAAUAAUACACUCAAAUAAAUCAUUUCCGGAACUCAAGAUACACGAGUUCGAAAAAAUUGAUUUCUCAGCAUAUUCUUGGGUACACUUUGAGGGUCGGAAUAUUAAACAAACCACCGAAAUGAUGAAAUUCUUACUAGAAUGGAGAGAAAAGUCGACAAUUAUGUUGAAAAUUUCAGUUGAAAUCGAGAAACCACGAUCUGAACAGGAGAUACUCAUAACACUAGCAGAUGUAGUUCUGUUGGGCAAGGAUUUUGCUAUUUUCUCUGGUUGCAAUUCUAUGAGUGAAACAAUACAUAAGUUCAAGCACAAAACAAGAAACGGAGCCACAUUGAUAAGUGUCUGGGGAACGGAGGGUGCGACAGGAUACACUGACAAUAUUGGCUUGAAGCAUUCACCAGCCUUCUUACAGCAAAAAACAGUUGAUACUCUGGGAGCCGGAGAUACGUUUGCGGCUGCCCUUAUACAUAGUCUUAAUGAAGGACAUGAAUUGGACAAAAGUGUAGAAUUUGCUUGUAAGGUGGCUGGAGCAAAGACUGGAAUCAAAGGUUUCUCACAACUGAAGACUGUAUGUCAGGGUAUACUAAAUUAAUUAUUAAUAAUUAAUAUUAAUUAUAUUAAUAAUAAUAUAAUAAAAAUACUAUUAAUACUCUAUAAUUGUAAAAAAAUAUGCAUUAAAUUUAAAAAUCAAACAAAAACUAGAAAACUUUCCGUAAAUUCAUCGAAAAUAUUUUUUAUAGACUGAUUAAUGCAAUAAUUAUGAACAUAAACUAAAACCUUAUAUUCAUUCUUUAUAUCGAUGUACUUUGAUUUUGUAUACCUGGACAUUGUUUUU